AUGGGCUCUCUCUCUCUCAUCCUUCUCAUCUAUGCCUUGAACUCAACAAUAUCAACAUUGGGAACCUCUCCACACACGCUCGACUAUCCGUUCAUGGACUAUAUCCAUAUUUCGACUUAUUCUUGGUCACAGUCAACCCUUAUCAAAGUCUACCGUUAUGCUCAGAUGCGUUCGUGCGUCAGUAUUGAAGUCAACGGAGGGAUGAGAAUGCUCACCACAUCUUCGCUAUUGCCGAACGUGUAUGGGUGGGGAGUACAUUCGUAUCCCUCUAUCUCUGUUUCCGCCGCCUCCCCUUCCAAGUCCUCCCCCUUACGCAUCCACACCCGCACCGACUCCCGCUCUCAAUCCAAUCCGUUAAAACCCUCCCAGACCUCGCCCCAAUGCUCCUCAAACUGA